AUGUCUUUACCAUUCAUGCAAGAAUUGAAUCAACAACAAUGGGGAACAGAAUUAUCAAGAGGACAUUAUUCAAGGCUAUCAACGCGAUCAGAGAUUAUAUUCCCAUACGAUGAUACUUAUCAUGAUGAUUCACAGAAUACCGAUAAUAUUCCUCUAAUCGAAAAAGAAUAUCAACUUCUUGAUGGAUUCAAAAGAGGUUGGCCAUCCGUUUUACCCUAUUCAUGGCAAGAUACAAAAAAAGCAGGCAACCGUACUAGGAAGGUGAUACUAUUCUGUUUUGCUUUGACAAUCUUUACAGCUUCCGCAUUGACUGCCUAUCGCCUUACCAUACGUUCCUAUGACACUCUUCUUGAAUACACCACCAUCCCACCCUUUGCAUUUGGUCCAAGAGUGCCCAACGCAACAUGUUGCAGCAGUACACCAGAGUACUUACCAUACACUCUCGAUGCUAUCCAAGCCCAUCAACCAUUCUUGGACGAUGAAGUGUUAGAAGAAUGGGUGGCGAAUGGCAAGCUACUUUCAAGAGCAGACUUUUCCAAACAUAUCCGCAUAGAUGGUGUAACGACAUGGGUGAAUGGAUCAGAUACACGUCAUCAUGCAAAUAGGAUUUUGUUCAGUGAAGAUCAACAACGGAUAAAUGAAGAAAAUAUGACAACAAAAGAUGAUAAAACCGUUCAAGAUUUAAAGAAAGAGAUCGAUUUUGAACAUGGGUCACGCAUUCAAAAUUCGGAAAAUCGGUUUCGUGAUUUGAACGAGUUGCAGUUCAGCGUCCGUUCUGCUCGUCAAAGUUUACGACAUCAUUUAGGCACCCAUCAUAUCGUUUCAACAGAUUUCUGGAGAGGCGAAGAGCCAAGUGCAGGGGUGCAAGAUGAUCACUUUGGUCAUCAUCGCGGUCAAAUACCACAAUGGUUGAAUGUCGAUUCACCUUUGGUCGCUUUGGCAGAUUCAAACAGUACAACUUUACCCGCUAUUCGAUUACAUCAUGAUUCACAAAUAUUCGUACCUUUCAACAAAGAUAUCGAUGCAGAACAAUGGCGUGAUCAAAGGUUACCAACGUUCAAUUCAAUGGCAGUCGAAGCUGUUUUAGGAAUCAACAUGAAAGGAUUAUCUCAAACGUACUUUUUAGCAUCUGACGAUAUGUUCACAACACACGCAAUGACAACGGCAGAUUUCUAUACACCUCUUUAUGGACCUUCGAUGCAAAUUCAAACGGACAUGUACGUUCGUGGAAUUGCAAGUGCGGGUGCAGUGAAUGAGAUUGCAAGUAUGCAGUAUAGUGUCAUGCGUUUAACUGAACGAUUUGGAACACCAGGAUUUAGUUAUUCGGCACAUAUUCACAAAAGUAUCGUUCAACCUUUGAUGUUGGAAAGCAGGAUGAUUUGGAGAGAACAUUUCGAAAAGGCAUCAGCAAGAAGAUUCCGAGGUGAUAAUUUGAUGAUGAAUAGUCAUACGAUAACGUAUGCUAUGAUCAUCGAACGUCAUCGUGAAGCGCUUUUAUGGUCUUUCUUGGUGGCCAGAAUUGAUAAAGACGGAGAUGGAAUGCUGAACGAUCAAGAACUUGCUCGAGCACUUGAAGAGAUGGGUGCAAACAAUAUCACUUCUAACAUUCCAGUUCGAUUGCCCAAACGGAUUACGACUCAUAAGAGUUAUCAAAAUGGAAAUUUGAACAAAGCCAAGUUCCCUUCACCCAAAGCAUCGAGGCCACUGUUUUCCUCUUUUGAUGGUUAUGCAUAUGCAGAACCGGAUAACUUGUUCCGUCAACGAACGCUGAAAGGAUUGUUCCAAAUGCCACUUUCCCUAUUGCCUCCUUCUAUUUCCGAAAGUGAUGACAAAGCUCAACAAGAAAAGAUUUUUAGCGUUGACUUCUGUCAAAUUGAACUUUCAGUUUGUUGGCCAAGAGAUGAUCGUGCUGAAUUGAUCAAAUCAACAAAUGCAAUCUUUAAAAGGUUCGCAUUCGAUUAUAGAGGAUGCGGUGAUUGUUUGAUCACUCAUUUGGUCGGAAAGAGUGGAGAGAAAGGAAUGAAAGCUUUCUUGCCUGACAAAGAACAAGAAUUCCCGCAAAGUGCAAUUAUCGCAUCAAAGGAGGCAAAAAGGCAUGAUCGUUCAACUGAUGCCUAUCAUUUACCAUUGGGCGCGUUUCAUCAAUCGAUAGACUUUUCAUUGGAUGAAAUAGCAAUCGAAAAUGGUUUAGGAUUAUCACCAUCUCUCGUUUUACCUGCACAACCCAAUUUACGCAAAUUUGCCAUGCAUUUGAUCAUGCGUUAUUCCUAUACGAUUGUAAUUUCUACCGGAUCAUUUGAAAUGCUCAAAACGCCAACGACAGCAAGGCUAGCAUUGGAAAAGGUAAAGAAAAAGAUCAAGAUGGGAAUGGCAUAUCUUUGUUUAAACGACGAUAUAACGGUUGCUUCUCAUCGUGUAAAGAUGGAAAUGGAUAAAUUCUUUCAAGAUGUUUGGCCAAACAAUCGAUCCGGAUUACCGUUUGAAUUGAUGAAUCAAUGA